AUGAAUUAUGUUGAAAAACUUUUUGACGAAGUUCAUUAUGCCUUUAAUUUAAAUGCAGCAACACUUAGUGGUGCAAUUGAUAUAUUGGUAAUCCCGCAAUUAGAUGGCUCAUUGAAAUGUACUCCUUUUCAUGUUAGAUUUGGUAAAUUACAAUUAAUUCAAAGUUCAGCAAAAGUAAUAUCAAUUUAUGUUAAUGGACAGAAAACAGAUUUACAAAUGAAGUUGGGCCAAGCUGGUGAGGCAUUUUUCGUGGAGGAAUCAGAUGAACCAGUUCCUGAUAUUUUAGCAACUUCCCCAAUUCCAUCACCAAAGGGUAAUAGAAGAGCAGUAUCGAAUGGUACCACCACUACCACCACCACUACAGCAACUACAUCAGCUACCACAUUUACAGCAUCAGAAAGUUUAUCAAAAUUAAAUUAUGAAUCCGAAUAUCCAACACUUCAACAUUCACAAUUUCAUCACAACCAUCACCAUAAUAGCCACAAUAAUAAUCAACAACAUAAUAGUUUAAUUGAUCACUUUUCUAUCAGUCUUUCAUUGUGUGGACACUUAAUUUUAGAUAAAGCUCUUCAGUCUGAACCAGAAGAAAAAGAAGCAUUCUUUAUAGAAUAUCUUAUUAGUUUCGAACAUUUUUGCUCAGAUGCUACUCUAUUAAAGAACCCACAUCUUGUCGCUAAAAUCAAUGAUCAAUAUUAUCCAUGGUCCAUUGCUGGUCAUAUUAUUCUUUCAUAUUUAAUCUAUCGUAGACCAAUCACUCAAGAAUCUCUAAACAAUUUAAAGAAAAAAGAUAUUGAAGAUAGAUUACAAAUUGGUGGUGCAAAUAAAAGUAUCGAAUCGAAUGCAUCAAAUGCAAACAAUACUGCAACUGCUGCAAUAGCCCAACAACAACCACCAACUAAACAGUCAUCAUAUUGGAGAGGAUGGCUCUGGAAAAAUAGUAAUAAUGUACAAAAUCAAAAUCAAAACCAAAUCCAAAGUCAACAACAGCACCAACAACAACUUCAACAACAAAUUUCACCAUCAUCAUCACCACCAUCAUCAUAUAAUAAUAUUCCAGAUUUCCAAAGAAAAUAUACAAAAAAAACCUUAAAACCAACUUCAGAUCAAUUAAAAUCUUUGGGACUCAAAAAGGGUAUCAAUAGAAUUACUUUUGUUGUAUCAAGCACACUUCUUGGCACAAAGGAAGUUUCAGCAUCAAUUUAUUUAUGGGAUAAUACUUCAAAAAUUGUUAUUUCAGAUAUUGAUGGCACAAUUACAAAGUCUGAUGUUUUUGGACAAGUUUUACCAUUAAUCGGCAAAGAUUGGUCACACAUUGGUGUAGCAGAGUUGUAUUCAAACAUUAAAGCCAAUGGAUAUCAGAUUAUUUAUUUAACAUCUAGAGCUAUAGGUCAAGCCAACUUAACUAGAACAUAUAUUAGUUCAGUUAAACAAACAGGAUCUAAUCCAAACUCAAUUGGCGGCAUUCAGGGACAAAGUAUUCCAUUUACACUCCCAGAGGGUCCAGUAUUUAUGUCACCAAAUCGUUUAUUAACAUCAUUUAAUCGUGAAGUUAUUAGAAGAAAUCCAGAAGAAUUCAAGAUUGCAUGUCUUCAAGAUAUACAGAAUAUAUUCCCAACAACCAUGUCACCAUUUUAUGCAGGAUUUGGCAAUCGUAAUACUGAUGCUAUUUCAUAUAAUGCUGUAGGGGUACCAAAGGGUAAAACUUUUACUAUUAAUGCUUUAGGUGUCAUUAAUACUACAAAUACAACUUAUAAUAAAACUUAUACAAAAAUCAACGAAUUGGUUCAAGAUAUGUUCCCUUGUCAAAAUGCAAAUAGGAAUUCAGUUGAUGAACAAUGGAAUGAAUAUCACUAUUGGAAAAAAUCUGUUAUUCCACUUAAUAAAUUAGAUCCAUUAUAA